AUGAAAGGAGCCAUCUUUACUCUGAUCCUAGUACUUGCAUGUAUCUCUAGCUCAUAUGCCUUCUGGUCAACUGGGCACAUGAUCAUCUCCAGGAUCGCCUAUGAGCAACUUAAAGAGAAGAACGAGACCUUGUACAAUCUUAUUGAAGAAGACAUCAAACUUUUACAAGAAUUCUCUGUUGAGGUUAAUCAUAGUUUUGUGGAAGCCGCAAUCUGGGCUGAUGAUAAUAAAGAGAUCGCCUUUAAUCAAUUCACUGAAUGGCAUUACGCUAAUACUCCUGUCAUUCUUCCAGACUUUGAAGGGGAAAUUCUUUCUCAACCACAGAACGUCACUUGGGGUAUCAAUGAGAUGGUAAAGACUUUGAGUUAUACAAAGACGCCUAAAUUUAAUAACAGCUUGGCGCUUUCCUUCUCUUGGAGAUAUCUCCUGCACUUGAUUGGAGACAUACACCAGCCUCUACAUGCUUCUACUAUGUUCUCAGCCCAGUUCCCUGAUGGAGAUAUGGGAGGCAACCUCUUCAUGAUCGACUAUGAAGCAGAAGAUAUGAAUAAUCUACACUCCUUGUGGGAUGCUAGUGUUGACCAAUAUGGAUCAAUUUGGGCUCCCCUUUCUGAUGAUGAAUGGACCUCCAUCGGAGAAUUUGCUGAUUCUAUUAUGAAGAUGUACCCAAGAGAAUCAGUUCAGGCCAGAGUAGACAUUACUGACCCAAGAGUAUGGGCCAAAGAGAGCUUCAACCUAGCCAAAGAAGUAGUCUACAGCGAUCUCAAAUCUGGCGACAAGAUCACCCCAGAAUACCUAAAAAUCGGCAGAAAAGCUGUCAACGAACAACUCGCAGUCGGUGGCUACAGACUAGCCGAUGCUCUCCUGAACCUCGCUCAAAAACGUUACUCAGAAUCCAUCAUCAAGCAAAAACUUCAGUCUUCAUAA